AUGAAAAGUAUCGAAAAGAUAACGAAAAGUAUCGAAAAGAUAUCGAAAAAUAUCGAAAAGAACCGGAAAGAUAUCGAAAAGUACCGAAAAGAUAUCGAAAAGUACCGGAAAGAUAUCGAAAAGUACCGAAAAGAUAUCGAAAAGUACCGAAAAGAUAUCGAAAAGUACCGAAAAGAUAUCGAAAAGUACCGAAACGAUAUCGAAAAGUACCGAAAAGAUUUCGAAAAGUACCGAAAAGAUUUCGAAAAGUAUCGAAAAGAUAUCGAAAAGUAUCGAAAAGAUAUAGAUAAGUAUCGAAAAGAUAUCGAUAAGUAUCGAAAAGAUAUCGAUAAGUAUCGAAAAGAUAUCGAAAAGUAUCGAAAAGAUAUCGAAAAGUAUCGAAAAGACAUCGAAAAGUAUCGAAAAGAUAUCGAAAAGAUAUCGAAAAGUAUCGAAAAGAUAUCGAAAAGUAUCGAAAAGAUAUCGAAAAGUAUCUAUAUAUAUCGAAAAGUAUCUAUAUAUAUCGAAAAGUAUCUAUAUAUAUCGAAAAUAUCGAUAUAUAAGUACCGAAAAGAUAUCGAAAAGUACCGAAAAGAUAUCGAAAAGUACCGAAAAGAUAUCGAAAAGUACCGAAAAGAUAUCGAAAAGUAUCGAAAAGAUAUCGAAAAGUAUCGAUAUAUCGAUAAGUAUCGAAAAGAUGUCGAAAAGUAUCGAUAUAUCAAUAAGUAUCGAUAUAUCGAAAAGUAUCGAUAUAUCGAAAAGUAUCGAUAUAACGAAAAGUAUCGAUAUAACGAAAAGUAUCGAUAUAUCGAAAAGUAUCGAUAUAUCGAUAAGUAUCGAUAUAUCGAAAAGUAUCGAUAUAUCUAUCGAUAUAUCGAAAAGUAUCGAUAUAUCAAAAAGUAUCGAUGUAUCGAUAAGUAUCGAUGUAUCGAUAAGUAUCGAUAUAUCGAUAAAUAUCGAAAAGUACCGAAAAGAUAUCGAAAAGUACCGAAAAGAUAUCGAAAAGUACCGAAAAGAUAUCGAAAAGUACCGAAAAGAUAUCGAAAAGUACCGAAAAGUACCGAAAAGUACCGAAAAGAUAUCGAAAAGUACCGAAAAGAUAUCGACAAGUACCGGAAAGAUAUCGACAAGUACCGAAAAGAUAUCGACAAGUACCGAAAAGAUAUCGACAAGUACCGAAAAGAUAUCGAAAAGUCCCGAAGAGAUAUCGAAAAGUAUCGAAAAGAUAUCGAAAAGUAUCGAAAAGAUAUCGAAAAGUAUCGUAAAGAUAUCGAAAAGUAUCGAUUAUCGAUAUAUAAUGAAAAGUGUCGAAAAGAUAUCGAAAAGUAUCGAAAAGAUAUCGAAAAGUAUCGAAAAGAUAUCGAAAAGUAUCGAAAAGAUAUCGAAAAGUAUCUAAAAGAUAUCGAAAAGUAUCGAAAAGAUCGAAGAAAAGAUAUCGAAAAGGAUCGAUAUAUCGAUAAGUAUCGAUAUAUCGAUAAGUAUCGAUAUAUCGAUAUGUAUCGAUAUAUCGAUAAGUAUCGAUAUAUCGCUAAGUAUCGAUAUAUCGAUAAGUAUCGAUAUAUCGAUAAGUAUCUAUAUAUCGAUAAGUAUCUAUAUAUCGAUAAGUAUCUAUAUAUCGAUAAGUAUCGAUAUAUCGAAAAGUAUAGAUAUAUCGAAAAGUAUCGAUAUAUCGAAAAGUAUCGAUAUUUCGUAAAGUAUCGAUAUAUCUACCGAAAAGAUAUCGAAAAGUACCGAAAAGAUAUCCAAAAGUAUCGAAAAGACAUCGAAAAGUACCGAAAAGAUAUCGAAAAGUACCGAAAAGAUAUCGAAAAGUACCGAAAAGAUAUCGAAAAGUACCGAAAAGAUAUCGAAAAGUAUCGAAAAGAUAUCGAAAAGUAUCGAAAAGAUAUCGAAAAGUAUCUAUAUAUAAUGAAAAUAUCGAUAUAUAAUGAAAAGUAUCGAAAAGAUAUCGAUAAGUAUCGAAACGAUAUUGAUAAGUAUCGAAAAGAUAUCGAUAAGUAUCGAAAAGAUAUAGAUAAGUAUCGAAAAGAUAUCGAUAAGUAUCGAAAAGAUAUCGAAAAGUAUCGAAAAGACAUCGAAAAGUAUCGAAAAGAUAUCGAAAAGAUAUCGAAAAGUAUCGAAAAGAUAUCGAAAAGAUUCGAAAAGAUAUCGAAAAUAUCGAUAUAUAAGUACCGAAAAGAUAUCGAAAAGUACCGAAAAGAUAUCGAAAAGUACCGAAAAGAUAUCGAAAAGUAUCGAAAAGAUAUCGAAAAGUAUCGAUAUAUCAAUAAGUAUCUAAAAGAUAUCGAAAAGUAUCGAAAAGAUAUCGAAAAGUAUCGAUAUAUCGAAAAGUAUCCAUAUAUCGAAAAGUAUCGAUAUAUCGAAAAAUAUAUCGAAAAGUACCGAUAUAUCGAAAAGUACCGAUAUAUCGAUAAGUACCGAUGUAUCGAAAAGUACCGAUAUAUCGAUAAGUACCGAUAUAUCGAUAAGUACCGAUAUAUCGAAAAGUAUCAAUAUAUCGAUAAGUACCGAUAUAUCGAUAAGUACCGAUAUAUCGAUAAGUACCGAUAUAUCGAAAAGUGCCGAUAUAUCGAAAAGUACCGAUAUAUCGAAAAGUACCGAUAUAUCGAAAAGUACCGAUAUAUCGAAAAGUAUCGAUAUAUCGUUAAGUAUCGAUAUAUCGAAAAGUAUCGAAAAGAUAUCGAUAAGUACCGAAAAGAUAUCGAUCGAUAUAUCGAUAAGUAUCGAUAUAUCGAUAAGUAUCGAUAUAUCGAUAAGUGUCGAUAUAUCGAUAAGUAUCGAUAUAUCGAUAAGUAUCGAUAUAUCGUACCGAUAUAUCGAAAAGUACCGAUAUAUCGAAAAGUACCGAUAUAUCGAAAAGUACCGAUAUAUCGAAAAGUACCGAUACAUCGAAAAGUACCGAUAUAUCGAAAAUACCGAUAUAUCGAAAAGUACGAUAUAUAUCGAAAAGUACCGAUAUAUCGAAAAGUACCGAUAUAUCGAAAAGUACCGAUAUAUCGAAAAGUACCGAUAUAUCGAAAAUAUCGUAAAAAUAUCGAUAAGUAUCGAAAAGAUAUCGAUAAGUACCGAAAAGAUAUCGAAAAGUACCGAAAAGAUAUCGAAAAGUACCGAAAAGAAAUCGAAAAGUACCGAAAAGAUAUCGAAAAGUACCGAAAAGAUAUCGAAAAGUAUCGAAAAGAUAUCGAAAAGUAUCGAAAAGAUAUCGAAAAGUAUCGAUAUAUAUCGAAAAGUAUCGAUAUAUAUCGAAAAGUAUCUAUAUAUAAGGAAAAUAUCGAGAUAUCGAUAAGUAUCGGUAUAUCGAUAAGUAUCGAUAUAUCGAUAAGUAUCGAUAAAUCGAUAAGUAUCGAUAUAUCGAAAAGUGUCGAUAUAUCGAUAAGUAUCGAUAUAUCGAUAAGUAUCGAUAAGUAUCGAUAUAUCGAUAAGUAUCGAUAUAUCGAUAAAUAUCGAUAUAUCGAUAAGUAUCGAUAUAUCGUAUCGAUAAGUAUCGAUAUAUCGAUAAGUAUCGAUAUAUCGAUAAGUAUCGAUAUAUCGAUAAGUAUCGAUAUAUCGUAUCGAUAUAUCGAAAAGUACCGAUAUAUCGAUAAGUACCGAUAUAUCGAAAAGUACCGAAAAGAUAUCGAAAAGUACCGAAAUGAUAUCGAAAAGUAUCGAAAAGAUAUCGAAAAGUACCGAAAAGAUAUCGAAAAGUACCGAAAAGAUAUCGAAAAGUACCGAAGAGAUAUCCAAAAGUACCGAAAAGAUAUCGAAAAGUACCGAAAAGAUAUCGAAAAGUACCGAAAAGAUAUCGAAAAGUACCGAAAAGAUAUCGAAAAGUAUCGAAAAGAUAUCGAAAAGUAUCGAAAAGAUAUCGAAAAGUAUCGAAAAGAUUUCGAAAAGCAUCGAAAAGAUAUCGAAAAGUAUCGAAAAGAUAUCGAAAAGUAUCGAAAAGAUAUCGAAAAGUAUCUAUAUAUAAUGAAAAUAUCGAUAUAUAAUGAAAAGUAUCGAAAAGAUAUCGAUAAGUAUCGAAAAGAUAUCGAUAAGUAUCGAAAAGAUAUCGAUAAGUAUCGAAAAGAUAUAGAUAAGUAUCGAAAAGAUAUCGAAAAGUAUCGAAAAGACAUCGAAAAGUAUCGAAAACACAUCGAAAAGUAUCGAAAAGAUAUCGAAAAGUAUCGAAAAGAUAUCGAAAAGUAUCGAAAAGAUAUCGAAAAGUAUCUAUAUAUAUCGAAAAAAAAAAAGGUGGCAGACUUAAGAUCGGACGUCGGACGUGAUAGGCCGUCAGAUAAAAAGGUUAUUAUAUCUGAACAAUUGGAAUUGCCUUCACCUAGCACACCAGCUAAAAAAGACGACGCCAACGAACUGGAUAAUCAAGCAGGCGAGGUUUCAGCGAAGUGUAACAAUGAACUGCCGCCUAAGAAUCACAAAGUUAUUGGACCUAAUUGUUCUAAUCUUGGGUGCUCUUGGAUGACAACUGACAACACCUACUCCUCAUUUCAUAUUUCACCGGAAAUUCGGAUGCCCUUGCCAAAAGUUAACGAAAGCAUGAAAAGGGCGAAACGGAUAAGGGGAAAACCGAUGUUUUAA